AUGGACGAGCCGAGCACCUCCAGUGAUCCUCCAACACACUGCCUAGGUGAGGAGGGCGAGCUGGAGACGACAAUGGUGCCGCAGGAGAAUCAGACCACCACCGCCUCCACCAGCAGCAGCGAAAUGGUGCACCUGCAGUCAGAGUUCACCACUGCCUUGGACACCGAAGACCAAGUGCAACCUACGACGACAACAACAACAGCCGCAGACACCACCAUCAGCAACAGUGGUGCACCAUCAGUCGAUCAACUGCCGUCAACUGCCGCACCUCAGCUCAUAGAAGAUAGCCUACAAAGUGAUCACCAAGUGGAGAUUACCGUUCCUGUGAUGAGCAACGAGGAAACACAUGUGCAAAGAACCAAUGAGCUAGAGCCGGCCAAUGGUGGCGAUGGUGGUGGCGGUCUCACCAAUGGACCUCAGCAAAGUUCCUCGUCAUUUGAAAAGGACUUGCUGGCGGUCGAGGACUUGGAUGAGCUGUCUAUGAUUACCGAUGGUAUGCUCAUUGACGAUUUACAGUGUCUGCCUCCGCAAACCUUUACUGAGGAGCAUCUUUUCGCCGCUGAGAAAUCUUUUCUGGAGGAGAACCCACCGCCGGCGGCCAGUUCAACCGCUGACAUUGAGCAGCAUCACCCCCAAUUCACCGAAAGUGCCACUUCAAUCCCUUCUUCCACCACUCCAACAACAAAAGCGGCGACAACAACAACGUCCACCGCAUCAACUUCUUUUCAACUAUUGGAACUGGAUGAGCCCCUAAAGGAAAGGGCUCAGCAGUUUGCCACCACCACUGGCAGCAGUGCAGAGACCGAGCUCAUCGAUGCUGAUGACCUGAAGGAGGCCGCCAACUAUCUGGAGGACGACCUGGAUGAGCUUGACCACGAGAUGGACCACGGGGCGUACUCGCAAUCAACCACCACCGACGCGGCCACCAUUCUCGACACUGACUCCUCCAAGGACGGCACCGUCAGUGAGCUACCAGUGGCGGCUGCCGUAAGCGAGCCUGAGGUGCCUGAUCUCUUCAAGGACGUCAAGUUUGCCAUCAGCGAGGAAAUGGAAGAUCUCGAUAAGAUCAAGCGCGCCCUGGUUGCCAGUGGGGCUAGGUUUCUCAACUAUCUCACAGACAGUGCCACACAUGUCAUCGCCGACAAGCCCGAGUACUCCUUUGUCAAUGAGGCGUUUGACAUCUACGAGAAGCCAGUCGUAACUGUAAGCGCUUCUUGCUAA